AUGUUGAAUAUUUGGUAUAAAGAUGUUUAUGUCCAACCACCCUUGUUGAAAUUAGCGCGUCAUAGAAUUGGCAUCGCUGAGAGCGGACUCAAAGUGGUGAGGAGAGAGCCGCCGGAAACGCCGCGGACCGUCAGCCAAACCCACGAGCUCGUCAGCCCCAUCAAUGGCGUCAGCAACAGUUCCCUCGAAUUCAGUCAUGACCUCUACAACCUCUCGCCUGCCGCCAACGGCAAUGGGCGCGUGGUUGGGACGGGGAGGCACGGGCUGCCCAAAAUUCAGACGGAGAAGAAGGACAACGAGAUAUGCAUCGACGACAGCACCCCACCUGUUAGGGCCCAGACGAUCGACGAGCUCCAUUCCCUCCAGAAGAAGAAAUCAGCGCCUACUACGCCCGUCAAACCCCUUUCUUCCAAGGAGCAGCUCCAGUCUAUCAGCGCCUCAUUGGCUUCGAUGACGAGAGAGAGCGGUCCCAAAGUGGUGAGGGGAGACCCAGCAGAAGCGCCGCGGAUCGUGGGCCAAAGCCAGCCGCAGCAUGUCAGCCCCUCCAUUGGCAUUAGCGACAGUUCCCUCAAAUUUACUCAUGUCCUCUAUAACCUCUCGCCUGCUGAGCUAUACGAGCAGGCCAUUAGGUACGAGAAAGGAUCCUUCAUUACUUCCAGUGGCGCCAUCGCGACACUUUCCGGUGCAAAGACCGGCCGUUCCCCAAAGGACAAACGUGUCGUGAGAGAUGAAACGACUGAGGAUGAUCUUUGGUGGGGAAAGGGUUCUCCGAAUAUUGAGAUGGACGAGCACGCUUUCAUGGUUAACAGAGAAAGAGCGGUCGAUUACUUGAACUCCUUGGACAAGGUCUUUGUUAACGAUCAAUUCCUGAACUGGGACCCGCAGCAUCGCAUCAAAGUCAGGAUCGUCUCGGCCAGGGCCUACCAUUCUCUGUUCAUGCAUAACAUGUGUAUCCGGCCAACGCCCGAGGAGCUGGAGAACUUCGGGACCCCCGACUUCACGAUCUACAAUGCUGGGAAGUUCCCAUGUAACCGGUACACCCACUACAUGACGUCCUCCACCAGCGUAGACCUAAACCUGGGGAGGCGUGAAAUGGUCAUCCUUGGCACUCAGUAUGCGGGUGAGAUGAAGAAGGGCCUUUUUAGCGUCAUGCACUACCUCAUGCCCAAGCGCCAGAUCCUCUCCCUCCACUCAGGCUGCAACAUGGGGAAACAAGGGGACUGGUCGGACAAGAACGCUUACAAGGAGACGCUGCUGAAAUUGGCUGGGCUGUUCCAGAACAACUUUGGAGGGUUUGUGGCUCACAAGAUUGGAAAGGACGACAAGUUGACUGAUGAAAUCCUUGCUGCAGGUCCGGUUUUCUGA